AUGUGUGUGUUCGCUGAGAAGCUGCGUGGUGUCUGCCAGCAGCACUGUGAGGCUGAGGGACACAGUGCAGGCCUAAGGGAGCUGGCGGCGGUAACCGUGGGUGGCAUCCGGGUCCCAUGUGCUCACGGGAGCCUACAAGACCCCAAAAGCGUCACCCACCACAAGCUCAUCCACGCUGCUUCCGAGAGGGUGCUGAGUGACACCAGGACGAUCUCAGAGGAGAACGUGAAGGACCGAGAUGUCCUCCUGCUGAUAAGGAAGCGAGCCCCGGCUCCCCUGCCCAAGAUGGCUGAAGUCUCUGCGGAGGAGAAGAAGAAGCAGGAUCAGAAGGCUCCAGACAAGGAGGCCAUACACCAGGCGACAGCUGGCCUGCCUGCCUGCAGCACAGACCGGGCUGCAGUGCAGUCCACUAUGAGAGAUUUCCAGACGGAGCUCCGGAAAAUCUUGGUGUCUCUCAUCGAAGUGGCACAGAAGUUGUUAGCCCUGAACCCCGAUGCGGUCGAAUUGUUUAAGAAGGCGAAUGCUAUGCUGGACGAGGACGAGGAUGAGCGUGUGGACGAGGCUGCCCUGCGGCAGCUCACAGAGAUGGGCUUUCCCGAGAGCAGGGCCUGCAAGGCUCUGCGGCUGAACCACAUGUCAGUGCCGCAGGCCAUGGAGUGGCUGAUCGAGCACGCCGAAGACCCGGCCAUUGACACGCCUCUUCCAGGACAGGCCCCGCAAGCUGCUGCGGCCGGUGCUGCGGCUGCCGGCUCCCAGGCUGCUGAGGGAGACGAGGAGCGGGACGAGCUCACAGAGAUCUUUAAGAAGAUCCGCCGGAAAAGGGAGUUUCGGGCCGACUCACGGGCUGUCAUUUCCCUGAUGGAAAUGGGCUUUGACGAGAAGGAAGUGAUUGAUGCCCUCAGAGUGAACAAUAACCAGCAGAACGCCGCUUGUGAGUGGCUGCUGGGCGACCGGAAACCAUCCCCCGAGGAGCUAGACCAGGGCAUCGACCCCAACAGCCCUCUCUUCCAGGCCAUCCUGGACAACCCAGUGGUGCAGCUGGGUCUGACCAACCCUAAGACGCUGCUAGCCUUUGAAGACAUGCUGGAGAACCCGCUGAACAGCACGCAGUGGAUGAACGACCCAGAGACGGGCCCAGUCAUGCUGCAGAUCUCCCGCAUCUUCCAGACCCUGAACCGCGCCUAGGCAGCACCACCCAACUCUGCUGCUCGGGUGGGUGCAGAGGUGACGUUGCCCAGAAGCCACCUCCAGCUCCUGGCGCCGGUCACCAGCACCACAGCUGCUGUCCCUCCCCGACCUUACUGCUCAUAAACUGGUGCGAGGGUAAGGUCGUGCUCCCAGCUUCCGACCAGUUUCCUGGAAGGGCUGCCUGGCUGAGCGGUGACCGGCGCCCUCCAGGUGCUUGCUGGGCUCAGAAGUGUUACUAGAAGCGCCCAGGGGUGAGGGUGGGGGCUGCCGCAGAGCCUGCUUGUCUACGCCAGUGUUACUCAGCGUGCUGCCGGGACAGCAGCCAGUGGCUUCCGUAAUAAACCCGCCCUUUCCUAUUUUCUGCUGCUGAGCUCCUCAGUGCCUCUGAGCAUGUCCCCUCUGGCCCAGGGUGCGCUGCUUCUGCUGCCUCGCUGCCUUGACGCCUCUGUGGCAAAUCAUGUGGGCUUUCAGGGCUGUGAUGUACUCAGAGCUGGCCACGCCUUCACUCCUGGGACUCAACUGCCCUGCCCUGGUCUUCCUUCCCAGGCCCCUUUGGCUCCUUUUCUGCCCUGAGUGUUUUCUUUGUUUAGAAGCGAGCCGAGUCCCACUUCUCAUCCACGCUUCCUGCACCCAGCCUCAGCUGUUUCAGUCCCUGCUCUCAGCUCACUGGUCUGACACAGUCCUCCCCAUCCUGCGGCAGCCCUGUGGGGUGGCUCCGAGCAGCCUGGGGCCUCCCUCGCCCGCUGCCAGCUUCUGGGUUGGAGAAUGUUCCCGGGCAGGGCUGGGUCAGGUGGGAGCGCCUGAGGUGCCAGCCCAUGGGUGGGUCCUGGCCGUGUCCCUCGCAUCACAGGCAUCUCCUGCUGUAGCCGGCGUACGUGGGGAGGGGCAGGGGCCGCACAGAGGAGCUCAUGCUGGGCUUGAGAUGGCGACUUCUCAAGUGGACGCCGCACCCGUGAGUGGCCCAAGAGUGCGGUUCUACCUGGCUGAUGCGGCCCCAGGACGGGCUGUGGUGCUACUGGAGCCGGCAGGGCCCUGGGGAGCCGGAGUGGUGAGCAGAGGCCCACCUGCUGAGGCUUCCCUCAGGCCUCUGGUGCGCUGUGUGCAGAGCACUUCUCUGCUGCCCUGGCUGCUGGGCGCCAGGGCACUGUUACUCAUGUGGGCACAUGGCCUACAGGAAGCCGCUGCUGGGAUCCAGCCUGUGCCUGGCAGGAAGGGGUGAGGUUGCCCUAGGAGGCGGUGAAAUGACUGGUAAACCUGGGCUCCACUGGAGCAGUGUGGGGCUGAGGCUGGUGUUGAAUUCAGAGCAACUGCUUCUGUUGUCACCAUGAUCCCCGGAGAGCAAGAAUGCCAGCCUGGCCAAUCUGGCCUUCAGCAUGGUCGCAUCCACACUGCCUGGGCCAGGGUGUGGUGCUGCGGCACGAGGCCGAUGCCUCUUCGCAGGCGAGGCAGGCUGAUGCUGUGGUGUGGCCUCGGCCCCUGCUCAUCCUCUCUCCUGGGGCUCGGAGGCUGGUCCUCCCAUGCAGGCCGCGAGAAGAGCCCUGUUGGGCCAUCUCAGCUGUGGGUGUGAGGGGCCCCAGGCGCACAGUCCUCUUGUGGGUGGUACCUGUGCCGACCCCCGAGUUGCAGGACUGGCUGGCCUUGGUAGCACUAGAAAGGCUGCAUGGGAGAACUGGGUGGAGCUGGGGUACAAAGGCCUGAAGGCCCCGGGGGCUGGGACGGGGCGGUGUGGUCCCCGGCCCUCCAGUGGUGAGUUGCAACUCAGCAAGGCCUUGUCUUAAAGCAGGAAUAUCUAAAAGGUUGGGGAUUUAGCUCAGUGGUAGAGCCCUUAGGUUCAAUCCCCAGCGCUGGAAAAAAGCGUCAGCCUUGUGCAUUUUAGUUUGGAUUCUGUAUGUUUAGAUUUAGCAGAAGUGGUGUACGAGAAAUGUGUCAUGGAGCGAAAGGAAAGGCUGGGGAGCGGGAACCAUGUCCCCCACACCUGGGACCCCACACCGGCUCUACAGGGGUCAGGAGCCAAGCCACUUAGCUUCCCCCAGUAGGAACGGGCCGCUGGCCACCAUGACCCAUAUGCCAGACCCACGUCCCCAGGCUCUGAGAGGGGUGGGGGGGGAGCGCAGGAGGAGGGCAUCCUGGAGAGCUCCUGAGGGCCCAGGGCCCUGGGGCAGCUGGGCUGGGCAUACGGCAUGCGCCUGCCCCACAGGGUCACAAUAGUGGCCUGGCCGAUGCUGGGUUACCUCGGAUGGACCUCAGCCUCCUGUUUUCUCCCAGGUGUUGGUUACCUGAAGACCGGAGGGCCCAGGCUGUGAGUGGGGCCUGGCUGGACAAGCAGAAGUCCCCUAGGAGCGCAGGGCAUGAUGCUGAAGGGCAGCUGGACUGGGAACCUUUACCAAGGGCCCUGUGACUGUCUUGGGUGGGCAUGGGCCCUGGGGCUAUGGGCAUGGGGAGGCUGAAAGCAAGGUGCGGCCUUAUCAGGGCUGGGGCCAGGUGGAGCCUGCAGGGGGGGGUCGUGCUGGGCGGCCCUGUAGCUCACACAUCGAGGAGGAAGGCGGGAAGUCGAGUGGGAAGUCCUGAUGCCAUCCUAAGCCUCCACUCUCUCCUGCCUCCCCUGUCUGGGCGCUCCCCUGGGAGGGACCCCGGCCUCACCCUGGGCCUGGGCCUGGGGGCUUGGCUCCCUGCUUGGUGUUCAGGCUCCGAAGUGCUUGUUCAUGCUUUGCUGAGGGCUGGGAGCAUGGCAGAGCCACCCAGCUGCAGGAAGGGCACAGAAGGCAGGAGGGCAGCAAGGGCAGGAGAGUCGGGGAGGCCCCUGCAGACAGGCGAGGGGCAGAACCUGAGCGGAGCAUGAGGCCCAGGUGCACACACAGGAGACUGGGACUCUGUGCUGGGAUGUGGCCAGGAAAGGGACCUGGAGGACAGGGCGCAGGUGUUCUGCCCGUGGCCAGCAGCUCGGUGACUGCCUGCUGCACUCUUCUGGGAGCAGCUCUCAGCAAGGCAGCCGUUGCAGCCCUGGCUGUAGGCCUGUGAGUGGCCCAGCAGCCUGUUUGUUCUGGUGGACACCAGAGAAGCAGUGGUGGCUGUCUCAGACCCCUGCACUCCUGCGUCACAGGGACACCAAUUCCCAGCAGCCAGUGGGGCACAGCCUGAGUGUGUGUGGAUGGGUAGCAGGUGGCCACAUGUGAUCCACCUGUACCUGGAGACCAUGCAGCCUGGGGGCAGGGAGGAGUGACACAUGUGGACCUUGGGGACUCUGUCACAGAAGGCAAGUACUGCCGAACUCCACCCAUACGAGGUCCCUGGCGUCAGAAUCAGAGACAGGAUGUGGAAUGGGGAUGCCCGGGGUGGGAGGGACAUGGGGAUUCAGUGUUUGGGGCAGCGGUGGUUUGCCCAGCUGAGCAUUCUGGAGGUGGAUGUGAAUGCAUUUAAUGCAGUUAGGACUGGAAGCUGGGUGUGGAGGCACACACCUGUAAUCCCAGCACUGGGAGGCCGAGGCAGGGGGAUCAC